GGUAUUAGUGGCAUCCCUCGUAAUUUUUCCUAAACUCUCUGCUUAUGUCAAAAAAUAACCCUUCUGUUGAGCAUUUUAGAAGAGAAGAGAAGAGAAGAGAAAAAUAGAAUCCCACAAAACCGAGAAAACAAAAGCUCAUCAAGUUUCAACUCAAAGUUGCAAGUGACUCACAAACCUCUCUCAAUUUUUUCUUUUUUUUUCUGUCUGCUUUUUUUGAGUAAUUUCCCCACUUGUUGUGUCUGCAAGUGAAACACAAAUGGAGCAAACUUUGGCCAUCGUCAAGCUUGAAGCUUGUGGUAUUAUCUAGGAGAAAAAAGUUCCUUUUUUCUUCUUUUGUUUAACUUGGUUCAGUAGUAUUUGUUAAAAGAUAACAAAAGGGUUGAUGGGGAGAGGUUGCAGGAAGAUGAUAGCAGGAAAUUUGGAUCCAGAAAGAAAAAGAAGCGGUGGGUUGAGAACCAAGCAGGCUGGUAGAGGCUCUUGUAGAGGAAGUUAGCUUUAGUUGCUCCUUUUUUCAUGUUUCUUCAGUGUGGGAUAUUAUAAAAAUUGCACCUUGAGUUGUUUUUUUGUUGGCUUCUUUGCCUCAAUAUUAUAUAUAUGAUCUUUGAGAAGAAGAGGAUAAAAGGAGAAGAGUGAUGGGUGGUUUGUUGAAAGAAACUUUGAAGUCACUUUGUGGGGUGAACCAGUGGUCUUAUGCUGUCUUUUGUAAGAUCGGCUGCCAGAAUUCUAAGUUACUAAUUUGGGAGGAAUGUUACUAUGAACCUGCACCGUCCUGGGUCCCUCCAUGCAUUGCCGGACUUCAGAAUCCCGAAUUGUCAUUCCGAGAGCAGGAGGGAUGCUGGCAUUCGGAAAGUUCUUCUCAAUUUGGGAGUCGAACAUGGGACGAUAAAGUCCAUUUGCUGAUAAACAAAACGAUGACUAAUAAUCGCUUUAAUAUAGUUGGGCAAGGAUUAGUUGGCCAAGCGGCAUUUACUGGUAAGCAUCAGUGGAUUCUUGCAGAUAAUUACACUACAGAUGCCCACCCCCCAGAGGUUCUAAAUGAGGUCCACCUCCAAUUUUCAGCUGGCAUGCAGACUGUUGCAGUUAUUCCUGUUCAUCCUCAUGGGGUUCUUCAGCUCGGUUCUUCCACGACUAUUAUGGAGAACAUGGGAUUUCUGAACGAUGUGAAGAGAUUAAUUCUCGGUUUGGGAUGCAUCCCUGGAGCUCUUCUCUCUAACAGCUACAGAGCAAAUGAAUGCAUUGGGAAAACCAGGAUUCCCAUUUCCUUAGAAAAUCCCAUUGCAAUGGAUUCAGCUGGAAUUUUUAGGCCUGCAAAUUCCAUGACUUUAGUUUCUGAUGGCUGUAACCAACAAAGCAAUUCAUCUCAGGCUUCCAUGGUUAUGGGCCAAUCAUCUUCCCUGAUCAAACAUAUUCAAGAAACCUCCCAGGCUAGACCUCAUGAUGAUCACUGUGAAUCAAAAAUCAGCCCAGAGAUGAAGCCAAACCUGAAUUUUAGAAGUCAAAUGGAAUCUGGAGUUUUCGGUGCUGAAGUAAUUCACUCCAACUCGGCUUUGUGGCUGAACCCUCAAGUUUCUUUUUGCAACUCAAGUUCUAGGUUCAACUGUCUGCCCAUGAUUGGUCAACCAAUUGCCAGUCAUAGCAGCAUAAAAUCAAUGGAGCAACAGGUUUUAUCAGAUGUCCUACGGAAUCAUGUUGACAAUAACAUUACUGCACCAAAUAGUCAAGUGAAUCCAAAAUCAAUCCCAGGCAUUGUUACAAAAUUGCAAAACCUAGAAGUUGUUACUUCUUGCACACGAUUAGCGGGGAACAUGGUUCAGCAAGUUGGUUCGUCUACGGUGGAGGUUCCUUUAUCCAUCCUGACAGAUCAGUUAACGACUAGUAUGCUUUCAGGACUUCCAAAUCGAGGACACAACUUUGAGAAACUUGUGUGUAUUCCAAAGAAGAAAAGUACAGAUAAUGAUUUGUUUGAAGCACUGAGGAUCCCGCUUCCCCAUGCUGAUGAUGGCAUGCCUUUUCCUGAGCGACUUCCAAGUGCUUUUCAUGAUAUUGUGAAGCAUGAAAGUGGAAGUUCGAGUACUAGAUCCUUGAAUGUUAACUAUGGAGAUGCAUACGUCCAGCCUCCACCAGGAGAUGACUUGUUUGAUGUAUUGGGGGCAGAUUUAAAGAAUAAAUUGCUUGGCAGGAAAUGUAACAAUGUUCUUGGCAAGGGACAAGAUUUGAACAUGCAAAAUGUGGGCAAGGAUACUUCAAUAUUUAAGGAUAUGCUCAAUUUGUUUUCUGAUCAUUGUUCUGCUGGUGAAGGGAUUUCCAACCGGGUUAUUUAUUCUGGGGUGGGUAAAGAUCAUCUUUUGGAUUCUGUGGUUUCUAGUGUCCAUUCUGCUGCAAAGCAGAUAUCAGAUGAUAACAUGUCCUGCAGGACAACAUUGACAAAGUUCAGUAAUGUAUCUGUUCCUAGUAGUUCCACUACCUUUGGUCUGGUUAACAUUUCCAACCAAGUUCGUGGGGAGUUACUAGGUGAUCUUCCUAAGUCUCCGUUGAAGGGAGGAACUCUUCCAUCCAUUUCUUGUCGAUCUGGCUGUAGCAAGGAUGAUGCUGGAACUUAUUCUCAGAUUACUUCAAUGUAUGGGUCUCAAAUCAGUUCAUUGGUUGAGCAGGGUCAUAAUUCAAGGCAUGGUACGAGUGUUGCUACUGCAGACUCGAAAAGGAACAAUGAUACAACUAAACCAAAUUGCAAAAGACUAAAACCUGGAGAGAACUCUCGACUCAGGCCAAAAGAUCGCCAGAUGAUUCAAGAUCGAGUGAAGGAUUUGAGGGAAAUUGUACCAAAUGGAGCGAAAUGUAGCAUAGAUGCUCUUCUUGAAAAAACCAUCAAGCAUAUGCUUUUCCUACAAAGUGUUACGAAACAUGCAGACAAGUUAAAACAAACAGGAGAGUCUAAGAUAAAGGAGAACUUUGAGGGAGGUGCGACAUGGGCAUUUGAGGUCGGCUCACAAUCUAUGCUGUGCCCUAUUGUGGUUGAGGAUCUCAAUAUACCUCGUCAGAUGCUUGUAGAGAUGCUUUGCGAAGAACGGGGUUUCUUCCUGGAAAUAGCCGACUUUAUCAGAGGGUUGGGAUUGACCAUCUUGAAGGGAGUUAUGGAAACUAGGAGUGACAAGAUCUGGGCACGUUUCACUGUGGAGGCAAACAGGGAUGUUACGAGGGUGGAGAUAUUUAUGUCACUUGUUCGUCUUCUGGAGCAAACUGCAAAGGGCAACAGCGCUUCAUCUGCCAAUGCGUUCAAUAGCAACAUGGUGGUUCGACACUCGUUUCCUGAAGCUGCAUACAUACCCGCGACCGGUAGGGCCAGUAGUUUACAGUGAACCACCUUGCUCCCCGGUAUUCCGGUUUGUAGACAUGUUAAGAGCGGGCCCUAUAUUUGCUUGCCGUGACUAACAUACAGUCUCUAGAUUCGGUGGUUCGGACCUCGACUAACCUCUUUUUCGCUGACCUUGCCCUCGUGGGCGGGAUUUGUUUAGGUAAUGAAAACUUGUCCAGAGCUUUUAAAUGGCAUGUAUUCGGAUUUUGCUGGACCAUUUGAUGAAUUUUAUCGUUUCGUGUAAUCGUAUUGUGUUCAUAAUAUGCACGGGUUUGCCAGCAGCUAAGGGACUGCAUUUUGAUUUUCUGCUAA